UCUGCUGGUCCCGGACCGGCCAGGAAGGUAUCCAUCUGGUGUGGAUCUCCUUGGGAAGUGCCAUCCACAGGAUCGUGUUGCAUUUCGCCCAGAAAGUAACCGGAGGGACGAGUGGAGCAGCAGAAAGCGGCAUCGAGCCCCCCGAGGAGAGCAAUAGCAAUGUCUUCCAGCUCAGCAAACGUGCGGAUCCUGAUAAAGGGCGGCAAAGUGGUGAACGAUGACUGCACCCAGGAGGCCGACGUCUACAUCGAGAACGGCAUCAUCCAGCAGGUGGGGAAGGAGAUGAUGAUCCCCGGCGGGGCCAAAGUGAUCGACGCCUCGGGGAAGCUGGUGCUUCCUGGAGGCAUCGACACCAGCGUCCACCUGGAGGAGAGCUUCAUGAACGCCACCACGGCGGACGACUUCUACAGCGGCACCAAGGCUGCGUUAGCCGGCGGUACGACGAUGGUGAUCUCUCACGUUCUGCCAGAGAAGAAUGAGUCUUUACUGGAGGCCUACGAGAAGUGCCGUGGCUCUGCGGACUCCAAAGCGUGCUGCGACUACGCCCUGCAUGUAGGGGUCACCUGGUGGGGACCCAAGGUCCGAGCUGAGAUGGAGAAGCUGGUGAGGGAGCAAGGAGUGAAUUCCUUUCAGAUGUUCAUGGCUUAUAAGGACACGUUCAUGCUGAGGGACAGCGAGCUCUUCCAGGCUCUGCAGCACUGUAAGGACAUCGGCGCCGUGGCGAGGGUCCACGCCGAGAACGGGGAGCUGGUGGCAGAGGGUGCAAAAGAAGCCUUGGACCUCGGCAUCAGCGGCCCAGAAGGGAUUGAAAUCAGCCGGCCUGAAGAGCUGGAAGCAGAGGCAACCCACAGGGCGAUUACCAUCGCGAACAGGGCUCGCUGCCCAAUCUAUCUCGUGAAUGUGUCCAGUAUGUCUGCAGGAGAUGUAGUGGCUACGUCCAAAAUGCAAGGUAAGGUGGUCCACGGAGAGACAACCAUAGCCCACGCCAUCCUGACUGGCAUGCAGUACUACCAUCAGGACUGGGCCCACGCCGCUGCCCACGUCACUCUGCCUCCUCUCCGCCUGGACCCCAACACUCCCAACUUCCUCAUGAGCCUGCUGGGAAACGACACGCUGAAUGUGGUGGCGUCCGAUCACCGUCCGUUCACCAUCAAACAGAAGGCCAUGGGCAAGGAUGACUUCACCAAGAUCCCGCAUGGGCUCCCCGGCAUUCAGGACCGUAUGAGCGUCAUCUGGCAGAAGGGAGUGGUUGGAGGCAAAAUGGAUGAAAACCGCUUUGUUGCCGUCACGAGCUCCAACGCAGCCAAGAUCUACAACCUGUAUCCCAGGAAAGGCAGGAUCAUCCCGGGAGCAGAUGCUGACGUGGUGGUCUGGGACCCCGAGGGAUCCAAGACCAUUUCCGUGGAUAACCAGUUCCAAGGGGGUGAUAUCAACCUGUACGAGGGCCUGCGCUGUCGCGGCGUCCCCCUGGUCACAAUCAGCCGUGGGCGUCUGGUGUACGAAAACGGCAUGUUCACGUGCGCCGAGGGCUCCGGAAAGUUCUGCCCACUGCGGACCUUCCCCGAUUACCUCUACAAGAAGAUGGUCCAGAGGGAAAAGUCCCAGGCGGUGAAAGCUGUGGAGCGGGAGCCUUACACGGGAGACGUUGUAGCCAUUGCAAAUUCAGGAAAGAGGGACUUUGGAGGUUCGGAUCUGGACACCCCGACUCGCCCCUGCACCCGGCACGGUGGGGUGAGGGACCUCCAUGAGUCCAGCUUCAGCCUGUCUGGUGCUCAGAUCGAUGACAACAUUCCCAAAAGAUCCUCGGCCAGGAUCCUCGCCCCUCCAGGGGGGAGAUCCAGCGGGAUCUGGUAACCGGUUACACGGUGAAGAGGAGGGACC